GGAGCCAUGUUGGACAAGCUUCCCUACCAGGGGGCUGACGGCCCGCUCCCCCACUGCAGCCUCCUUCCCCAGAUACGCGGGGCCAGAACUCAGGCCCUCCUAUACAUGGCCCGCCUUUUCUAUCUGUAGGGUAGGUAGUGACAGCGCCGGCUCACCAGCCCUCUUCAGACAGCCUUGAUGUGCCUGCCAAAAACUUCCUAUAUAAUGCUGAUGGCCCCGCGCCAAGAGCUGGGAAAACUUCCUGCCCCAACUCCGGGAGGGUGGUUCCUCUCCAGGCAAUUGACUUCCACCGGAUUGUUCCAAGGGGACUCUCUCUCGCUGCUGCUGCUCUCGGGAAGGGGCCAGGUUACUCUUUUCUAAUAAAAAUGCCCCUGUGUGUCUGUAGAUCUCCACGGCCUCCCUGCUUAUGCCCUCCCGGCUCCCGCUCUCUGCAGGCUGUCCCCCUGCCCCCACUCUGCUGGCUGUCCCCCUCCUCUCCACCUUCCCUCUCCUCCUGCUUCCCCCCUCCCUCCUCCACCCCGCUAGCCCUCCUCCCCCGGCCCCCGCCUUCCCGUCCGUCCCAGGCCCCGCAGCUGGUUCCAAUCCGUCCUUUCCCAUUCGGAGGCCGCUCUCCCCGGAGCUGCCCAGAAGCAGCGCGCCGGCGGCUUCCUGCUCCCCCUCGCGGGGGGCUAGCUCCUCACCCCGCCGGAUCCUCUUUCCCGCCUGGUGUCCCAGGGGGGCCCAAGUGUGGGAAGUACGAGUUUCCGGCCCCGCUUGGGUUCCCUCCCCCCCUUUUCUUUCUUCUUUCCCCUCGGCACUUUGGGCCUUUCGGGCUCCGGCCGGCAGCUCCAGAGUCUGCUCGCCUGCAUCUUCCAGGCAGCGGUGUGCGGACACCCUCUCCGAGCAGCCAGGGUCCCCUUCACGAGUGGAUCCCCGGGGCCAGGCGGAGAAGGAGGAGAAGGAGGAGGAGGAGAAAGAGGAGGAGGAGCAGCAGCAGCAGCAAGGAGGAGGAGGAGGGGCAGGAGCCAUGAAAGUACUCAGAGACUGAGACUGGGAUUAGACGGAACAAGCACGGACCGGGAGCUCUGGGGAGAACUGAGCCAAGUCUCUCCCGCCUGCAGCCGAGCCAUUUGGACCGGGCCGAAGAUCAGGCCUUGCUGCAAGCGCUCAGAGGAGGGAAGGAAAGGAGGAGAGGGCUGACUCGUGCCCCGCCUAGGGGGUGCUGCUGCGCUCGGUCCUCUGGCUGGCAGGCAGCCGCCGGGGAGCGGAUGGUGCUAGCGCGCCCUGGCUCCAGACAAACUAGCUUCUCCCGGUGCGUCCGGCCAGCCAGGAGCCCUUUGGGAAGACCCGCCCCGAGGAGAGGGAGGGCUCCUACGGAGCUGCCCGGGGAACAAGCAGAGACUGCGGGCAGGGAGAGGGGCAUGAGGCAGAGAGCACGGGGCUGCGGCCAAAGCAGAGGCCCUACCCGCGCGCCGCGCGCAAGCAGUCGGUGGGUCCGGGAUGGAGGUCUGCUGGACGGUCAGCUUCUUGCUGCUCCUGGGCAGCUGCUUCUCCCUGCCGCCCCCGCCGCCGCCAUCAGAGCCCAUCUGUCCGGAGCGCUGCGACUGCCAGCACCAGCAGCACCUCCUGUGCACCAAUCGGGGGCUGCGUGCAGUCCCCAAGACCAGCGCCCUGCCCAGCCCGCAGGAGGUGCUGACCUACAGCCUCGGGGGCAACUUCAUAGCCAACAUCACAGCCUUCGACUUCCACCGUCUAGCUCAGCUGCGGCGCCUCGACUUGCAGUUUAAUCAGAUCCGUUCCCUGCACCCCAAGACCUUCGAGAAGCUCUCACGUCUGGAGGAGCUCUACCUGGGCAACAACUUGCUCGACGGUCUGGCCCCGGGCACCCUGGCGCCCCUGGCCAAGCUGCGCAUCCUCUAUGUCAAUGGCAACGAGAUCGGCCGGCUUAGCCGAGGCUCCUUCGAUGGCCUGGAGAGCCUGGUCAAACUGAGAUUGGAUGGCAACUCCCUUGGCUCGCUGCCCGACUCGGCCUUCGCGCCCUUGGGCAACCUACUUUACCUGCACCUGGAGGCCAAUCGCAUCCGCUUCCUAGGCAAGAACGCCUUCGCGCACUUGGGCAAGCUGCGCUUCCUCAACCUGUCUGGCAACGAGCUGCAGCCGUCGCUGCGCCACCCAGCCACCUUUGGGCCUCUGCGCUCCCUCAGUACUCUCAUCCUGUCGGCCAACAGCCUGCAGCAGCUGGGCGGCCGCGUCUUCCAGCAUCUGCCCCGCCUCGGUCUGCUUUCCCUAAGCGGGAACCAAUUGACUCACCUGGCCCCCGAGGCCUUCGUGGGACUGGGCGCCCUGCGGGAGCUACGCCUCGAAGGCAACCGGUUGCGCGAGCUGCCUGCGACGCUGCUGGACCCGCUGGGCAGCUUGGAGACCUUGGACCUGAGCCGCAACGACCUCUCGGCCCUGCACCCGGCCGCUUUCCGUCGUCUGUCCCGGCUGCGAGAGCUCAACCUGCGGGAAAACGCUCUAGACUCGCUGGCCGGGGAUAUUUUCGCCGCCAGCCCAGCCCUCUACCGCCUGGACCUGGACGGCAACGGCUGGACCUGCGACUGCCGCCUGAGCGGCUUGAAGCGUUGGAUGGGCCACUGGCACUCGCAGGGCCGCCUGCUGACCGUAUUCGUGCAAUGCCGCCACCCUUCCGCCCUGCGCGGCAAGUACCUGGACUACUUGGACGACGUGCAAUUGCAGAACGGCUCCUGUCAGGCUCCGGCGGCCUCCUCUUCCUCUCCUCCCUCAGUCCUGCCUGUGGUCUCUACGGCCUCUGGGGCCAGGGAGGAGCAGGGAGCUCCCCCUCUUGGUGGUCUGGGGAAACCCCAGCCGCAGCAGCAGCAGCGCUGGCGAGCCCUCCCCGGGGUGACCUGGGACGAGGGGGUCCAGACACACAGCAACAACCAGAGCGGCCUCAAACUAAGCCGGCGGGGUCCAGACCUCCAGCACGCGUCCCCCUCUUCAGCACCCGUGGAUCGGGUGGAGGAGCCCGAGGGGACGCGCCCAGCCUGGAAAGAUAACGGUCCCUCCUGGUCUACCCCGAGCUUUCAAGGGGACGCCUCGUCCAGCUUUGCCCCUUCGCCGGCCAGUGACUCCUGGCAGAGGGCGGAGAAGCAGCGCCUGGCCCUGAAAUCUCAGGAGCGGGCCGCUCCAUCCGUGGCCCAGGAGAUGCUGCCCCCACUGGUGUCGGAUCCGUGCGACUUUAACAAAUUUAUCCUUUGCAACCUGACGGUGGAGGCGGUGGGCACCGACACCGCCACGGUGCGCUGGGCUGUUCGUGAACACCGCAGCCCGCGGCCGCUGGACGGCGCCCGCUUUCGUCUGCUCUUCGACCGCUUUGGUCAGCAGCCCAAAUUCCACCGGUUUGUCUACCUGCCCGAGCGAAGCGACACUGCCACCCUGCGGGAGCUGCGAGGAGACACUCCCUACCUGGUGUGUGUGGAGGGUGUGCUCGGGGGUCGGGUCUGCCCCGUGGCCCCCCGGGACCACUGCGCGGGUCUAGUCACCCUGCCAGAAGCCGGGCACGUCGGGGGCCGCCCUGGAGGUGUGGACUACCAGCUGCUGACCCUGGUACUACUAGCUGUCAACGCUCUGUUGGUGUUCCUGGCACUGGCGGCCUGGGCAUCCCGCUGGCUGCGGAGGAAGCUGCGGGGUCGCCGGAAAGGGGGAGCCCCCGUGCAUGUGCGUCAAAUGUACUCCACCCGACGGCCUCUUCGCUCCAUGGGCACCGGGGUCUCCGCAGACUUUUCGGGCUUCCAGUCGCACCGGCCUCGCACGGCAGUGUGCGCCCUCAGUGAGGCGGAUCUCAUUGAAUUUCCUUGUGACCGAUUCAUGGACAGCGGGGGUGGCAGCGGAGGGAGCAGACGGGACGACCAUCUCAUGCAGCGCUUUGCCGACUGAGGCCCCUGGAGGUCCCUCUCGAUGGAGCAAACUCCCCCCUCGAAGGGUCCCCAGUAGGGAGCUCCUUCCCUCCAGCCUUCCCUCCCUUUGUGUCCCUUUUUGCCCCGGGUCUCCAGCCCUCAGUACAUGGACUUAACCAAGCCAGGAGAAAAAUCAGGCUGGGGGCCAGCUGAUGUGUGAAUGGAUCGGGAUCCUUUCCUCUGCUAUCAUUCCCAAGGGGGCAGCUUUGGUUUUGUUUGAGUAGAAAAUGGAUGAAUUAAUUGUGAUUCUCCCACCAGCUGGAUCCCGGGACUCUGCGGCCAGAGGCGGGCGGGAGCCCUUGGGCCAAGCCUUGGUGUGAAAUCCCUGCCGUGGAGAAAGACACACCUUUGUUUGCGUUUCCAAAACCCGAGGAACUUUCGAGCCUCCUGGAGAGGUCCGGGCAGCCGCCCCUUCUGGCCCGGAAGUCCCCGCCGAGGUAGGAAACAGGUGAAAUUUCUCCAGGCUUAAGCCCUGGGGCACCCUAUUCCUGCCUGCUUAGGGAUCAUUCAGGUGCUGUUCCGAUUUCAUCUGCUGAGACAAAUAAAGCCACAUGAAUUCUUUGAAACUGUGAAGCGGACUCUGCCAGUUCUGACAGUGAACCAACUCCUACGUACCACUAAUGAGCACGGACGUUGGCUAGCCAGCCUCGGCCUGAAGCUAUCUGAAGUUCAAUAAUGAAAUAACGAAGUAGGCAAACGGGCAACCGGACUUCAGGCUGCGAGCUUUCCUUGCUGGAAGCUCUGGGUACCAGUGGUGGAAGACCUGCCUUCUCCCUCUGCGUUUGUCCAUCUCCUCUUGCCUGCCUAAGGCAAAGGAGGAUCAGUGGCUGGUUGGAUGCCAAAGGAAUGCCUGAAGCUGACUUGAAGGACUCUGGAAGCCUCUGGUGGGUCUCCUCUGCAGCUCUGACAUGGGGCAUUAGAAUAAACGUGAGGGGGGCUUGAUCCAAGAUUUUGCAGAAAUCAUCCAGUGGCCCCGUUCCUUUGUGGUCUGUAAUUAGAAGGUAAAUCUGGCUUCCUAAUUGGAGAAGUGAGUGAGGAGGCAACUCUUCAGCGAUGUUCAGCCAUGGGUGAGCCCUUCAAUGCCUUAUUCUAUAUUGAAUGGAAGAAGUUGUGGACACCAUGUGAAACUGCCCUGUGCCAAUGAGUGUCUUUCUACUAAAGCCAGCAGAUUCUUUUAGAAUCACUGUGAAAGAACUAUUAUUUUUUUAAAAUUAACCCAUAUGUUAAAUGCCCAGUGUUUGACUCUGCUAUCGACUCUAGAUAAAGUUACAUCCUAGCUUUUAGAAAACACUUGUAGUCUUUUCUUUUGAAACCUGGUUUUGUUUCCAGAACUUAGGGUAAAACGCUUGAAACUUGGAAGUUCUUUACUUUAUGGGAUUGUUAUUCCUUCCUUUGUAUUUACCCAAGUCUGCAUCUGACACUAAAUAUAGAGCUUUGGUUUACAUGAAUAAUCCUGUGUGUGUGUGUGUGUGUGUGUGUGUGUGUGUGUGUGUGUGUGUGCACCUUUACGUGUGUUGGUCUGGGAGCACUGUCUUUUAGAGGUUCUUAACUGUGGAUCUGUUUCAGAAGGGGAUGCUUUGGAGACCAGUAGACUGAUGCUAAGUCUCCUUUUUUGAUCUUUUUAUUUAGUGCAUUUAAAACUUCCUGGGGGUCUGGAUAGCUCCCAUUUAGGGCAUCACACUGGGUCCAGAUAGGCCUGGACUAACAGUGCUGCUAUCUAAUGGUUGUGCUGGGGACCAUCAAGCUAACAUUCUUUGCCUUAUGAGCAGCUAUACCAGAGAGCCCAAGAGAGCAUAGCCUUGUGCUAAUUAGUCUGCCAAGCCUCCUUUCCCAUCCCAGAUGGGGAAACUUGUGUUGGUCCUUUCUGUCCAACACCUUUCAGAUUCUUUUAUUUUUUUCCUUCCCAUAAGUCCUCUGACUUGUAUCCAUUUCUUUUGCUCAUGAUUAUAUUCAUGAGCCUCAAAGGAAGAGUGAUAGAAGAGGCUAUUGUGUUUGCUCUCCAAUAUUCCAUGGUUGAGCAUCCCUGUAUUAGCAAGGCAUGCAUCCUAUUCCCAAUCCUUGUCCUGGCUCAUCUUCCAAUAGGAAAUGCUCCCAUGCUGUAUGUGUUUAUGGUUAGCUACAUCAAUAAACCCAUUUCCUAAUAGAAA